AUGCUGUCUCAAGAAAUGCUUUCUUUGACAAUUCUACUUUGUGCUUUCUGGUCUUCCUCCUCUGCUCUGGACAAUGAGGACUAUGAUCUCAUGUACCUGAAUUUCGAGAAUGAAAUAGAAAGUAUAGUUCCUGCUACUGAAGAAACUAUUUCAUGUGACUGUCAGCGAGAGGACACGGAAUGGGACAAACUCUUCAUCAUGCUUGAGAACUCGCAGAUGAAAGAGAACAUGUUGCUUCAGUCUAUUGAUGAAAUCCUUAAGGUGGAACUGCAAACUCUACGAGCAGAAAUGAUCGAGUUUGUGGCUAACUUUGCUGGCACGUGCACCACCACCAUUGAGAAAGUCACCUCCCGAGUCUUGUCACAGGUGGACCAAACACUGAUGAGGAAGAGAGAUCACGUUCAGGAGUCCAAGACGCUUCAUGAAUCUGAGCAAAGAAAGAUUCUUGAAGAGCUUCUGCAGCUGACCCUCAAUGUGUCUAACAGACUCACCCAGCUGGAGAGUGUUUGGCAGAGGACAGCUAAAGUGGAGACAGGUUUUCAGCAGCAAGAUAAAUCGAAUUACGUGGGCAGAGGGGACAAUUUCACUUUGAACUCUCUGUGGGAAGAAGUACAGCAAACAAGAGCUGAACUGAAAGGAUCGCAAAAGUGGGCAGCUCAGCACUUACUGCCAGCUGGGUGUGAAACUGCAAUUUUAUUCCCAAUGCGUUCCAAAAAGAUCUUUGGGAGUGUUCACCCAACUGCUGACAUGACGCUCCAAUCCUUUACUGCCUGCAUUUGGGUCAAAGUGACUGAGGUGCUGGACAAAACUAUCGUAUUCUCCUACGGAACAAAGAGAAAUCCAUAUGAAAUUCAAUUCUAUCUCAGCCAUGAGUCUGCAGUACUUGCUGUAGGUAGUGACCAGAACAAGUUAAUUGCCCCAAACACAAUUUCUCCUGGACAUUGGGCUCACUUUUGUGGCACUUGGAGCUCAGACAACGGGACCAUAUCAUUGUGGGCAAAUGGGGAGCUUGUUGCUACCACCUCAGAAAUAGCAGAAGCUCAUAUAAUUCCAGAUGGAGGAAUUUUGCAGCUAGGCCAAGAAAAGAAUGGUUGCUGUGUCGGAGGUGGUUUUGAUGAAACUUUAGCCUUUUCGGGAAAACUGACUGGCUUUAAUAUCUGGGAUAGAGUUCUCAGCAAUGAAGAGAUAACAGCGCGGCCUAGAGCAGAAGAUUCAUGUAAUAUCAGGGGCAAUGUUGUUGGGUGGGGAGUUACAGAGAUUCUGCCACAUGGAGGAGCUCAAUAUGUUUCCUAA